CGCGUUCUACGUGUUGUCGCGCUGUGUGACGUCACGUGCGUGAACUUUGAAAAUAAGCGCGAGGAGGAAGCGUCGCGCGAAUCGCCAGUUUUCGCUGCUUUUUCCCCCGAUAAACAUACAAACAAAUCAAUAAACCUCAUUUCUGAUCAUGGCGCUGCUGACUCCGUACAGUAAAGUCCCGGAGCUGAACACCGCGACUGUGCUCUUGGUUGAAAACGAGGAGGAGCUGCAGUCCAAACUAGCCAACGCCUUAGUUCAAUAUGAGAAAGAUUUCAACGUCAAUGUGCGUUUGGCCAGGAAACUCCCUCUGCCCGUAGAGAACAAGGAAACCCGUCCUCGCAUUGAUUUAAUAGUGUUUAUAGUGAAUCUGCUGUCAGAGCGCAGUCUGCAGUCAGUGGAAAGCUCUCUCACUCAUCUGCACUCUGACUGCUUCCUGGGGAAAGUGUGUUUCCUGGUCACUGAUGCUCGCUGCGGCUCUCACACUCAGGAGCGUUUGGUCAGCGUAAGAAAACUGGCUGCUUCACAUCAGUGUCCCGUCCUCUGCGCCGAGCACAGGACGGCAGAUGGCGUGAACGCAGCAGCCAUGCGGCUCCUCAGCAUCCUGAAGGUGUCGGCGGGAAUAUCGCCCAUAGCAACCACUGCCCUGUAUCUGUCCUCUCUGACCCGCUGCUCGGUGACCUCUGACCUUGAAGAGGACUGACCUCCAAUAUGAUCAAUUAAGAACUACAUUAAGACUCGAUUCAUUGCUUUGAAUUUCCACACAGGAAACUCAAGUUGCAGAUAAUCACGCUGGACUGCAGAUUCGUUCAGGUGGGUGCGACUGUUCUUUUAACAUCACUGUCAAUGGAAGUUACCUUGCCAUGGGACUUUAUUAAAUACUGCUGUGUUUUCAUGGCUGCCCAGCAUUUAUAUUCAGUUCUUGUAACAUCCAAACCAGCAGGGGGAGCCAUUGGAUCGCUCCUAACAUAUUCCCCAAAUAAUUAUCUUUUUACAAUAUUUAUAAAUAAAAUAAUUGAAUUUUUAACCAGAUGACUGUACUGUUUUAUGCAAUUUAAGUAUUUUUGUUUUUGUUUUUUUUGUUUCAUUUAUUUAAUGAAUUUCAUUUCUUACAUGCAUUUACUACAAUACUAGUAAAAUGUUUGGAUGUACUUGGUGAGCUUACUGUUAUUAUUAUUAUUAUUAUUAUUAUUAUUCCCAUGUUUUCCCAGUUUUAAUGGCUUAACUAUUGUUAUAAAAUAAUAAAAAAGAAUGAGUAAAUAAGUCCAAAAUUUUUGACUGGUACUGAACCUAUAAAUCAAUAUUGUUCUUGCCCUAAAAUAUCUUAGAACCCAAUAAU